UCUGUCUGGCCGUGGUGUGGGUGGCUAUGGUAGACAGCACAUGAGUCGAACAACAGCACGAGCUCCACGGGAUCGGCAAUAGUGGAGAAGUGUGCCGCGGGAUGAAACGAAACUCAAACCAAUUUGUCGAUCGAUAGAUCGAUCGCGCUACACUUUCUGCCAACUCUCGAUCCCCACAUUGCUCUCUGCAUCGCAUUACGGUUUUUUGCGUUGCGCUGUUUAGCUUUGCCAGCGGAAGCACGAGAGGCGAUUGAUCGUUUGUUAGGGGUAGAUCUCUCGUGCAGGAUUUCCGCUGGUUGGUAUAUCACAAACUUCGAACCUGCUAUUAGAAGUGGUUCGCCCCUGGUCGGCGAUCAGGUCUUUUGCCGUGCGACGUCUGCAGUGAGUGAGCGAGGGCAGCGGUGUCUGCGUCUGUAUGUACCUGGAUUUGUCCAGCACGGAUUCGUCAGUUCACGGAAAAUAUAUUUGAACUGUAUGGCGACGAGAUCGUUAGCGGAUUUGCGCGGAGCUCGUGGAGGGCGCAGUUUGGAAUUUUAAUCACGGACUUGACAUUGAGCUGAUUUUGGGACAAGGCGUUCUCAUCUGUUGUUGUGACUUAGGGUUCCUGGAAGUCUUCGAUUUAUGGUUCCGUGCCGUAGCCGUUCAAUUUGGAGAGGUUGUGCAGCAAGAAAAAUUUGUUCGCUACGAACAUUAGCAGGGUACCAGUAAGAUGUUCCAGAUUCAUCUCUGUCAAAAAUCGAGCCUUCUUGGCUCCCAUCCAACUCGUGGGAGUAAGGGCAGUAACAAUUGAGCGUUCCAGACUAAAGGUAUUCGUUCCCUUUUGGGACCAGGAAGGCAAAGUGGCAGGCAAUACGGGAGACGUUAGGAUAGGAGGGUUUCUGGAGUUUUCGGGAAGUUUUACGACGGACGUAAAAAGCCGGAGGCGUGGAUCACGACCUCUUGGCUUCGGUUCUGUUGAGGAGGCUAUCCGGAAGAGGGUUAGCGCAAUGUUCUACGGGGCGACAAUUUGGGAUCCCUGGUUGAUAGUGGGGCAAAUUGUAUGCAUUCAGUGCCUUUAUUACCUUAGUCUUGGGUUACUUCUGUCAUUGUUCGUGGGCACUCAAGUGCCCAGAUUCACCCUCAAUUACUUUUUCAACUAUUCGCACCUCUCGGCAUCAUCUUUUGUAGGAUGGUGCACAAUUGGUGCCUACUUUAUGAACUCUCUCGCAGGAGCCGGGUACCUUUUGGUUCUCAUUGAGAGGGCAAAAAAAUGUCUAGACUUCAGUGCCACUCUGUAUAUUAUUCAUCUCUUUUUCUGUCUUGUAUAUGGCGGCUUUCCCACCACAAUUACCUGGUGGAUCGUGAAUGGUUGUUGUUUGGUUAUAACAGCAGUCCUGGGUGAGUGGCUGUGCAUGAGACGUGAGUUGAAAGACAUCCCAAUACGAAGUACACGACUAGAUGUCUGAAUUGGUGGCUUUCCUUACAUCUCGGAAGGAUCAAGGUUUUCACAUAAAAUUUGCCAAGGAGUUUGGAGAUCCACAUCUCAUACAAACGUAGGAUUUUAAUUUGCUCGUGGAUUCAUCCUCUCUUUUGGCUUCAUGUAGGACUUGGUUAUUUAAAAUUGAUAGUUCUCUCAAAAUUCAGUUAAGCUCCUGAGAUCCCUUUUACAUGGAGAUGUGUGCCUUGAUUAUAUGUACCAUGGUUAAGUUGUCAAAUUCAAUGGAAACGCAAAUCUCUCGUUGAGAUCUGCUGGGGAGUAGCUAACAGUUCAUUCAUUCAUUUAUACCCCUUUUCUUGACCGAUGCAGUUCUUAUCGUUGUCUUUUGUCCUCUCUAUUCCGUAUCGGCCGCUGAUGACUCGGACUUGUCGUCAAUUAGUUUGUGAAUAAAAUUUAGAAGUAGGUUUUUGUAAACCAGAGCUGAAAUUGAAAGGAGUCCACUUGUAGUAGUGAGUAAUUCGAAUGUCCACGGAUGCAUGAGCCAGUGCUCAAGCCUUAGAAGUUCACAUACCGGAUCAAUAACAAAUGCUUUAGGUAUCUUGGUUGGAGAGAAGUGAAUCUUAUCGAACCAGCUAAGCUUGUCGUGUCGGGCUUGGACUGCUCCUUUGAAUGUGUGUAGGUGGGCCCAUGUCUUCAGCCAUGUUUUCCGAUUGAUUCGAUUUUCAGAGUUGGUCCCACGACAUUUGUACAUCCAAAAGAGCAAAAUUGAUGUCAUAAGACUUGUGGGA